AUGGCUGAACAGCAAGCCCUCGCUCAGAAAUUUAUGGCUGAGCAGCAAGCCCAAGCCGCAACAAUGAGAAAUUUGGAGUGCCAAAUGGGACAACUUGCCAGUGCUCAAAACACCAGACCAGUUGGAGCUCUUCCAAGUGAUAUUGAGCCCAAUCCUAAAGCUCAAGUCAAUGCGGUUACCUUGAGAAAUGGAAGAGCAUUAGAAGAAGCUCCAAAGAAAAAGAAGUAUACGGCUAGUCCUGAAGGAGGAUUAGUUCCCAAGCCAGUUGAGGAGAAUGAGAAAGAGAGCAAGGGAUCAAAUCAAGUAAUUGUGACAAGGCCACCUCCUCCAUUUCCACAACGGCUGCAGAAGCAAAAAGAUGAUGCUAAGUAUAAGAAAUUCUUAGAUAUUUUGAGCCAGGUGCAUGUGAAUUUGCCUUUGGUGGAAACUUUGCAGGAAGUGCCUAAGUAUGCAGGGUAUCUCAGAGAUAUUGUGACAAACAAGCGAAGACAUACAGAGUUUGAAACACUUGCACUUACUGAAGAGUGCAGUGCUAGAGUUCAGAGUAAACUUCCUCCUAAGUUGAAAGAUCCCGAGAGUUUCACAAUUCCUCUAUCUCUUGGAAAACAAGAAGUUGGUAGAGCCCUGUGUGAUUUAGGGGCUAGUAUAAAUUUGAUGCCAUCCUCUUUGUUCAAGCAACUCGGAUUGGGGGUGCUUACACCUACUACAAUCACUUUACAGUUAGCAGAUAGGUCACUAGUUAUGCCAAAAGAAAUUAUUGAGGAUGUGUUAGUUCGAGUGGGGAAGUUUAUUCUUCCUGUUGAUUUUAUUGUUCUUGAUUACGGGGCAGAUGAGGAAGUACCCAUUAUUUUGGGGCGACCAUUCUUAGCUACUGGUGGAGCGAUUAUUGAUGUGAGGGAAGGAAAGUUGAAGAUGAGAGUUGACGAUGAGGAAAUAACUUUUAAUGUGUACAAGGCACUUAAGCUCCCUAAGCAUUAUGAGGACUUGUGCAUGAUUAUUGUGGUACAAUUGAAGGGGAUAGAGCAGAGUCCUUAUGCGAAUUGUAGUGAUCCAGAUGGAACAACUGAGUUAGAAGAGGUGGUGCUGCAAGCUGUGUGUGUAAAGAUGAUUGAGAAAAGAGCCAGAGAUGAAAAAGGAGACCCUCUAAGAGCGUGCAAAAAGGUCUGA